AUGAGUUCGCGUGCUCCUCGCAAGGGGGAGAACUACGAACUCUCAGUAGAUUUAAACUCAGGAUAUGCAGAAAAGAGGAAGGAUGCAAUCAAGCGUGUCAUUGCUUCGAUGACGGUCGGAAAAGAUGUUAGCGGACUCUUUCCAGAUGUCCUCAAGAACAUGCAAACGGAAGACUUGGAGCAAAAAAAACUAGUCUACCUCUACUUAAUGAACUAUGCCAAAACGCAACCAGAAUUGGUCAUUCUCGCAGUCAACACUUUCGUCAAAGACUCUGACGACCCGAAUCCCCUGGUUCGAGCCCUUGCCAUUCGGACCAUGGGAGUGCUGCGCGCCGAAAAGAUCAUUGACUACCUGUGUGACCCUCUAGCGAAAGCCCUACGUGAUGAGAAUCCCUACGUACGCAAAACAGCCUCCUUAUGCGUCGCCAAACUAUAUGACCUCAAACCGGAGCUGGUGAUUGAAAACGGUUUCUUGGAGCAGUUGAGAGAUAUGAUUGCGGAUAGUAACCCCAUGGUUGUUGCGAAUACAGUCGCUGCCCUCACUGACAUUCACAACGCUGCUUCUGCUCGACCUUCCAGUUCAACUUCCGACCCUGGCAUAUUCAUCAUCUCACCAACAAUUCUUAACAGGCUUCUCAUUGCGCUCAAUGAAUGCUCUGAAUGGGGACGCAUUGCGAUUUUGAAUGCCCUUGCCCGAUAUCAAGCUCAAGAUGAGAAGGAAAGCGACCACAUAUGCGAGCGGGUUGUUCCUCAAUUGCAACAUGCUAAUGGCAGUGUCGUACUGGCUGCCGUCAAAGUUGUGAUGAUCCAUAUGCGCGGUGUGCGACGUGAAGAUCUUACAAAGCAACUAAUCCGGAAAAUGGCCCCUCCGCUUGUGACUCUCCUUUCUUCCCCAGCAGAGGUGCAAUGGGUUGCACUGCGAAACAUCAAUCUUCUCCUACAAAAACGUCCUGAGACUCUAUCAACAGAAAUUCGCGUGUUUUUCUGCAAAUACAACGACCCACUCUAUGUCAAAGUAGAGAAGUUGGACAUCAUGGUCCGGUUAGCCAAUGAGAGCAACGUUGAUGCGUUACUCAGCGAGUUGAAAGAGUACGCGUCCGAGGUGGAUGUCGAUUUUGUGCGGAAGAGCGUCAAGUGCAUUGGACAAACGGCUGUCAAAAUCGAUGCUGCGGCGGAACGAUGUGUCCAUGUUCUCUUGGACCUAAUUGAUACUCGAGUAACCUAUGUUGUGCAAGAGGCCAUUGUCGUCAUGAAGGAUAUUUUCAGAAAAUAUCCUUCAACAUACGAAGGCGUUAUUCCUACACUCUGCGCAAAUUUAGACGAACUCGACGAACCUGAAGCCAAAGCUUCCCUGAUAUGGAUCAUUGGGGAGUAUGCCAACAAGAUCGAUAAUGCGGACGAACUUUUGAACAUUUUUGUGGAUACCUUUGUUGAAGAAUCGUAUUCAGUCCAAUUACAAACACUCACCGCAGUCGUGAAGUUGUUCCUCAAAAAGCCGGAUUCAUCUCAAGGAAUCGUGCAACUCAUCCUCAAUAAAGCCACGGCUUGUGAUAGUCCGGAUGUUCGUGAUCGGGCCUACAUCUACUGGAGGCUACUAUCGACUGAUCCCGGCGCUGCGAAGGCAGUUGUUCUUGCGAACAGGCCCCCUAUAUCAAUUCCUCGCACGACUGUCUCAUCCGCCCUCCUCGAAGAACUUCUAGGCGAAAUUUCGAACCUAACAAGUGUUUAUCAUAAACCAGCAGAAACAUUUGUUGGAAUGGGUAGAGUCGGAGUUGAGAGUGUGCAGCAUAAAGAGGCAACAUUCAACGAUGAGGAUCCCUUUUCAGCAAAGAAGGCUUUGCAAACAGUAGCUGCAGGACAAUAUGUGGAAAACUUGCUUGAUUUUGGCAAUGAGGCCACUCUGGAUGGACAGCCAACCGGACUUGCAGCAACCGAAGUGCUCACCCAACCCGCGGCCGCAAAUCUGAUGGCAGGCGUUUCGGCAAACCCCUUAGAUGAUUUAGUAUCUAUAUUCGCGGCGCCAAGCACGAACGUCAUCUCAAGUGCUUCCCCGCCAGCACCGCCAACGCAACACCAACAGGAAGAUCUCUUGGGAUUAUUCUAG